AUGGACUCCUCGGAAUAUCUUCGUAUCCUCGCGAGGCUCGACACUCGGGCAGUCCGGGCGGAGAGAGCCCAGUGCAAGCUCGAGCAAACCCUCGAGGCUGCACAGACAACUCUGAAGGUUGCAAACGAGGAAAGAGACCACGUAUCCAAACUGGCGGAUAUUUUCUUUGAUCUCAGCCAAAUGAUGGGAAGCGUUAUAGAUUACUUAUUGAAGGAGCGUGGCUCUAAGGAACCCGACCAAGAGCCGGAGUCAACGAAGGUAAUGCUGGACGUGUUAUUGAAGCAAAUGGAAAUCAAGGAGCCAGGGGCCAGCGGUGGAGAUUCUGGAAGUGACUCCGAAAUUGAUAGCGCAAAGGCCGCGGAACAGAGCAGCUAA